ACCUCCGGACACAUGUAUAAUGGCUGUGUUUUCCUUCUCCUCUUCUAUUUUACGAUUUGUGCGCGCGUGUGUGUGCACACCUUUGUAUUACAGGUGAGACAUGGACUUGUUGAGGAGUUUUCGGUGCUGGCAGGCCGGACAUGUAUGUCGCUUGGUACUUUGUGGGGUUGCCAAGGGAGGGGUAACACUCGGUAUAAUUUUCCACGUACCAAAGACGACUUAGUUCUCGUUUGCUUGAUUGGGGGGUAA